GCUCGAUAAGAGUGAACGUCAAUAAUCGUGAGUGUCCGCGCGAGGACAUUGAGUGUGCGCUGUAAACUUUCUUCUCGGGUGUUUGAAUUCCGUACAGAGAGAAUUGAGAGUGUUCGCAGUGGAUGGUUUCAUGAAUGAGCGUCGACAAAGGAUUGAGCAUGCUACACAAGCAUGGAGGCAAGCCGCACGGCGUUGCGUAUAAAGGCAGAGGCAUUUUUCUAAAAUCCAUGUCGGAGUUCCCGGCGGAGGGAGGCGAAAACGGGGACAUGCAGACCGUCAUGGAGAAUUUCCAGAAGAAGAACAACCUGGUGACCGGCAGGACGCAUCACGUCACCCAUCAUCCGCAGGUCACCACUACGUCGUCGCAGAUGCUGACGACAAAUCAGAGCCAACACCAGAGUAGUAGCAGCACCAGUACCAGCACUAGCAGCAGCAGCACGAGCAGCCGGGUGGCCAAGUCCUCGCAGAGGAUUCUCACCUCGUCCUCGUCGAGUGAGAUGAAGGCGAGCUCCAUGAAGAGCGACCUGACGGAGCUCAAGCGCGGCAUCUCGGAGAUGAAGAACAUCUCGACCAACUUUUCACAACGGCUGCGCAGCAGCAUGGAGAACCUCGUGGACAGAGAUGGCAGUGGACCAGAAGAGACCGAUCUCACGGAGCCGUUGGUGACGUUUCCGGAUCCAGACACGCCGCCACCUGUCACCGAUGCUGUCACGUUGGCAGGCGGUUCUCCGUCCCAGUUGAGUUCCCUGAAUUCGCUGAACAAUCUUCAUCACAGCAUAAGUCCGCCGAUAAACAUACCGAACAUGGCAAACUUACCUACCGGUCAGGAAACUAUGAAGUUCGAACAGAAGAAAAUGACCAGCGCCUCGAAAACAAAGGUCGUCACAGAUGGAUUUAGCGCCGAGAAAGCAACGGCGAACAGUGCAGAGAUGAGGGCUCUGCAAGCUGGCGAUGUCUCGUACAAGGAGCAGAGCGCCGCAACGGCGGCGAGGGCGCGCGUCGAGCUGGACGGUGUCUCGGCGGAGAAGAGCGUCGCUGCUGCGAGGGAGCAGAGAAGCCUGAAGGCUGGCGAUCUCUCGCAUCAGGAGAGCAAUAACAUGGCAGCAUCCACUAUGAAGCUUCAGAGCGACUCUUUUACCUCCGAGAAGAAAGCGAUGGCGGCGCAACAGCAACGACAGACAGUCACCUCGACCGGCAUCUUCAACCACGAGAAGCACAUGGCCUCGAGCUCGCAGUCGAGCAUCACGAUCGCGUCCAAGUCGGGUGUGAGCGCGUCCAAAUCGAUGAUUAGCGCGGCGAGCGCGGUUAAUCAGUUUAUGAACGGCAUGCGACCGCCGACGGCCGAGGACGAGCUGCUGGCCUUACCGUUGGACGACCUGGACCUGCUGUGCUCCAAGUCGAAUCCGCAGGACGUGGACUGCGCGAUCGCCAAGUACAGCGGCCUGCUCGACAGCUUCGUAGAGCGGCUGAAGGUAGGCGCUGACACUUGCAAGAGCAACAGCGGCAGUAAAGCGCCGCAGCUGUUGAAUAGGGUGAACGAGAUCAUCCGAAAGGCUUGGGCGGUGCCUACGCACGGCCACGAGCUGGGCUACACCCUGUGCAACACCCUGAGGACGCGCGGCGGUCUCGAUCUGCUCAUGUCCAACUGCGUGGCGAACGAUCACGAGCUGCAGUUCUCGUCGGCCAGAUUGCUGGAGCAAUGCCUGACCACGGAGAAUCGCGCCCACGUGGUGGAGAACGGCCUGGAGAAGGUGGUGAAUGUAGCGUGCGUGUGCACGAAGAACGCCAAUUCGGUGGAUCACUCGCGCGUCGGCACCGGGAUACUCGAGCACCUGUUCAAGCACAGCGAGGGCACCUGCAGCGACGUGAUCAGGCUGGGCGGUCUGGACGCGGUCCUGUUUGAGUGCCGGAAGAACGACGUGGAGACUCUGCGCCAUUGUGCGGGCGCGCUGGCGAACUUGUCGUUGUACGGAGGUGCCGAGAACCAGGAGGCGAUGAUCAAGCGCAAGGUACCGAUGUGGCUGUUCCCACUCGCCUUUCACAACGACGACAACAUCAAGUAUUACGCCUGCCUGGCGAUCGCCGUGCUAGUCGCUAACAAGGAGAUCGAGGCGGCCGUCCUCAAAUCCGGCACCCUCGACCUCGUCGAGCCCUUCAUUACGUCGCACAACCCCUACGAGUUCGCCAAGUCAAACCUGGCGCACGCACACGGUCAGAGCAAGAACUGGCUGGAGAGGCUCGUGCCGGUUCUGAGCUCGAAGCGAGAGGAGGCGCGCAAUCUCGCGGCUUUUCACUUCUGCAUGGAGGCGGGCAUCAAGAAGCAACAGGGCAACACCGAUAUCUUUCGGACAAUCGGCGCGAUUGAGCCGUUGAAAAAAGUAGCGAGCUGUCCGAACGCGAUCGCGUCCAAGUACGCGGCACAAGCUUUGAGAUUGAUCGGCGAGGAAAUUCCGCAUAAACUCAGCCAACAAGUGCCCUUAUGGUCGACCGAGGACGUACGAGAAUGGGUGAAGCAGAUCGGCUUCGCCGACGUAGCCCCGAACUUUGUGGAGAGUCGAGUGGACGGCGACCUGCUGCUGCAGCUGACGGAAGAGAAUUUACGCGAGGAUAUCGGCCUGACUAACGGUAUCAUGCGCCGCAGAUUUGCCCGCGAGCUGCAGAAUCUGAAGAAGAUGGCCGACUACAGCAGCCGCGACACCGGCAACCUGAACAGCUUCCUGCAAUCGAUCGGCCAGGAGUUCUCCAUCUACACGUACAGCAUGCUGAACGCCGGCGUGGACAAGGACUCGAUACGCAAUCUCUCGGAGGAUCAGUUGCUGACCGAGUGCGGCAUCGCCAACAGUAUCCAUCGGCUCAGGAUACUCGACGCCAUCAAGAACAUGCAGCACAAUCAGUUCAGCUCGUGCGAGUACGAGUCGCCCGACAAGUCCCUCGACGUCUUCGUCAGUUAUCGCCGAUCGAACGGCUCGCAAUUGGCGAGUCUGUUGAAGGUGCAUCUGCAGCUGCGCGGCUUCUCGGUGUUCAUCGACGUCGAGAGGCUCGAGGCCGGCAAGUUCGACAACAACCUGCUGCAGAGCAUCAGGCAGGCGAAACACUUCCUCCUCGUGCUCACGCCCCAGGCUUUGGAGAGGUGUAUACAAGAUAGCGAGUGCAAGGACUGGGUACACAGGGAGAUCGUUGCCGCACUGCAAUCACAAUGCAACAUAAUUCCAAUCAUCGACAACUUUCAAUGGCCGGAACCUGAGGAGCUUCCUGAAGACAUGCGCACGGUCUGCCACUUCAACGGUGUCCGCUGGAUUCACGACUAUCAAGACGCUUGCGUAGACAAAUUAGAAAGGUUUAUGCGAGGCGAGAUACCUGUGAGAGCUGAUCUGUCUGGCGGAAUUCCGCGCAGCAUGGCUCCCAAGGACGUGACCCAGCCGAAUACACCGAGUAACACAAACAUACGACAGCCGCCCAACUAUCAGCGAAUGCACAGCAACGAAAGCAGGGGCAGCGACAAGGAUUCCACGGCCAAGAUUGCGAAUCGCUCUUUGACAAUCACGACUAGGCUUAGAAAGUCGUCAAGUCCAUCCCGUUGGUUGAUGGGCCUGCCGCCCACGUCGCCGCGCUUCAAGUUCAUGUACCCGCAUCCGGUGAGUGCCAGCAGCAACCUGGCGGUGCCUCGCAGGCCGCCGCGGCAACCACCUUCGCCGUCGACACGAUCCCGCUCGCUAGAGCUGCUGGACCAACAGGACCAGGAGCGAAAGUCGGUAUCUUCUGCGGUCGUCCAACGACCACCGCUUCCCAGGCCGAGAUCGCGCAGUCUGGACGGUUUUCUGGAUGAAGAUGCGAAGAACGGUGAAGAGCAGGACAAAGUGCAGCGCGAUAAGAGUCGAGAAUGUCCUCCAACGAGUUCGGAAGAUGAGGAAGUCGUCUCUGCUUCAGAAGAGAGCCAAAAGAAGCCUGAUACCGAGACUGUUGAAUCCAAGGACGAACCCAGGCCGGUUCUCAGAACGAAACCAAAAGUGCCCGACAUUAUCGAGUCGAAGUCCGAAACGGAGAGCAUACAAAUGUCCUUGGGUAAGGAUGAGAGUAAUAAAGAGGCCCUCCCGCCGACGCGUCCUCCGAAGCCGAGUCGACGUUCCAGCUCGGAAGGACAGUCUUCGACAUGCUCCAGCAGACAGUGCGCGGACCAGGAACACCCGGUGGAAGAGCAGAGGAUCAGGAAGGUAGCGCAGGAGAGAUUGACAACUCGGGGCGGCGACGAGAACGACGACUACGACGACGGCAAAUCGACGGUGCUGUUGAAGGCAUCAAGAAGUUGUGGUGCGGGAUUGGACUCCGACGGGAGCGUCUCGUCAAGCGAAUACGGCGGACGCAGAGCCCGCGCGAAGGGACCGGGUUCAUUGUCGUCGCUGCCGACGGGCGCGGAGCCUAAGCGCAAGCGGAACUUCAUGGACAAGUGCGUGAACAAAGUGCGGUCGUUCAUGAAAAAGUGAAGCAACGCGAGACUUCUUGUUAUUUAAUUUCUGCAAACUGGUCAAAGUGAAGCGCGCGAAACCCAAUCAGUUCAAGUCUAAAAGAUGUCGCGGAAGAUAACUGGAUAAUUAGGAAAUAUUUUAUAUGAUCACUAAAGAAAUUUUAUGUCGAAAAAGCGUUUAAAAGUUUUCAGAAGGAUCUGAAAAAUUCGCCUCGACGGUUUUGGGAUUUCUCAAAAUAUUUGUCUAGACGCCCGAAAGUGAGAUUAGAAAACAUUUUAUGAAAAUCUUGAUGUAUUAUCGAAUAAAUUAUAGUUUUAAAAAUUAAAUGGAGCAUUUAAAAGAAAUUCGGCUGAAGAAAUUAGAUUAGACAUUUGGAUGUUGACUUUUAUAUGUUGUUUAAUGAAUUUUUCCGGCCGUAGCUUACAAAAAUUAUAAUCCGAAUUUCGCGAUCCGCUUCGUGUACACUGUACAAUGACAGGCAGCAUGAAAGUAUAUAUAGCGAAAUGUUGUGCCUAAAGAUGCGACAAGUGUCUUCAUAGAUGCCAGAGACUUGACUCGGAAUACGCGUAUUUACGCGAAUUAGCCUGCUUUUCCAGGUGCCUUUUUUGUAUUGUAUUUUCUCUCGUUGUAUUGUAUACAUUACAUAUGUAUAUUGUAUAUGUAGAAACGAACGAAUCGAGGAGUUUAAGGCGGCUAAGUCGUUAUUUGUAAUACUAUUUUUUCUAGGCAAUUCUUUUUUUUUUAGACCGCGUUUACAGCUAGACGCAUGUGGCUCGCAUAGGUCACGAAUUAUGGUUGUUCUUAUUGCAGCUAACACCGAAAAUACAUUUAUUACACAAUUGUAUGAGGUGUUCGAUAAUACGCAUAGUUCGGCGAUAUUUCUUUUUGAAUAUCAAGAUCACACAUCAAAGUUAAAAAAAAAAAAAAAUUAUUUUAUCCUCUAAUAUUUAAUCAAACGCAACAUUCUUUUUUGUAGCACCUAGAAUCUCAAAGUUAAAUAUCUUGAUAAUUAUACUUCAAGAUGAGAUUAAAAUGGAAUUCUUCUAAAAUUAGCCAAAGAAUAUUUUACACGAUUCUUGUCUUCUAAAAUCCUUACAAUUUUCGAUCGUGAUUCACAUGUUUUAUCGAGAAAGAGAAUUAUAUUGACUUUUAAUAAGAAAUACCGUUUUGCAAACAUGCUCGAAGUCGAACACCAGAUAUAUAACCGUGACUGUUUUCCAGGUCGCGCCGUAUUUUACUAUUUAACACUGUUUUUAUCGUACCAAUUGUCGAUAUACUCUCGCGCCGAGAGUUAAAACGGCAACGCUUCGAUAUUCGUAGCUUAAGAGAUCCGCCUGAUUAUCGCAAAACUGUAUAUUUUACCAAAGUUUCAUAAAGUUACGGAUUUUAUCGAAAUGUUUGAAAUGUUUAUCAGAAAUAAAUUUUAUUUAGCAAAACAAAGUCGCU